CGAGGUGACCGUAAUAGGGCGGGGUUCUACUGCGAAGGAAUGCUCUAAGAAGAAAAUUCUGAUGAAACAACAUAGAAGCGAGGCGAUUUUUUAUCGCAGGCACAAAAUUUUGGUCAGCAAUACGCUAGAGUAUGCGCAUACGAUGUUGAUGUCUUCAUAGUGGGGCAAUGGCGACGGAGUCAAACGCGAAUGAUAUCGCCGAUUUUGAUAUAGAUGAAGUUAUAGAUUGGGACAAGCACGAUAUUCCUUCAAAGGAUAUUGAGUUUGAGCAACUUCAGAGUCUGAAUGUAGCAACUUCCAAUGUUGCAUCAACAGCCACUACACAAUCGGCAACAAAUCCUCAAAACAGUGGGGGAAGAGAUGGAUUGGUGCUAGAAAGGGGUCUGCGUCACAGGGAUGCUGGCACGGCUAUCGUUAGUUUACCACAAAAUCCACGAUCAUCUGCCAUAAACCCUGUAUUCCCUGGAGACACAAGCUCCUUGUUGACUGAUAUACGGCAGGAGUAUCUUCAUGCACAGAAUCUUUCUGCACGUUCUAGGACGCCACCAACUCCUACUUUUCCAUCUGAAAACUUUGAUUUACCUCCAAUUACCCCACCUGGAUCAUUACAGACACAUUCAACCUUUCCUGUGGGACAACAGCCACUUAGAAUGGCUUUACUCUCGACCCUUAAUAGACCUGCAACUGUCCAACCACAGCUACCCUCAUUUGUGCAACCAAACCUUCCUCCACCAAUGAACAAUGUCAGCAUGAAUCAACAACUGGUGGGUGAGUCAAUGGGGGAAGGUUCUAACAUUGAACAACUCAUUGAUGAAAUUGUUGAACGGGAUAUGCCUCAAGGUGUCAGUGAACCAAUUGUUUUUGCACCUCAAGCUUCUCAACAGCAAAAUCCCUCAACAGAUCAUUUACAGAUUGCAUCAAACACUUUACAAAAGGGGAUUUCCCCAGUGUCUGGUUGCACAACAAGCCCAGAACUGUUAGCUGUUGUACAGACAUCAAGUACCUCAGGAAAAUCAACAUUACCUCUAAGAGUGGUGCCAGGAGGGAGUCCUCUGAAUGCCGCUGGUAGUCCUGGGAGUCCAUUGGCAUCAUCAAGAAGUCCAAGUCCCAAAGUAAAGCAAACAAACCAUGCUGGAAAAGUAUCUGCACCAGUUAGAUCAGGAAGCCAAGCUGUAAGGCUCACACCUCCUGCUAUCCAGCCUAGCUCUCCAUUGCAGGCUGUAGGAGGAUUAUCUGCUUCACAAUCAGCUGUGAUAGCUGCUAGGCCUUUUUCAUCUCACAGCAGUCAGGUUCUGACUAAUUCACAAAUGUUACAAAUGGCAGUUCCAGCUGCUGUUGCAUCUUCAAAGAGUCAAACUGGAUCAUCCCUUCCGCACAUUGGAAUUAACUCUCCAACGUUAACUUCAAGUAAUGUACCAGCUAAAAAUAAUGUGGAUGGGGCAAAUGUUAAUCCUCAGGGUUCUAGGGUAAUAUUGUCUUCUUCUACAGUUCAUUCAAGUGCCUCUCAGGCACAAGGACAUAAUAUUGCCACGCACAAUGUUGGAGUUUCUGUCACAAAUUCCAAUAAAGUGCCUUCUCAGAAAGCUCUACAAGGGACAAAUUUAGGUGCAGCUACUGUCCAAUCUAGUGGUACUCACAAUCAAACGAAUCCAUUACAAGCUUUGGCAUCCAACCCUGAACUCUUAGGUCAACUUGUAAAAGCCAUUGGACAGCCAAAGCAGCAGGUAUCUUCUGGGCAAGCUGUGACCACAAAAGCUGGUAUACAGACUGGACAACCACUUAUUUGUUAUGUAGUUCCACAAAAUUCUGCAUCUGGAGCACAGGGAUCACAAGCUAAAUCUUCCAUUUCUCUGACAGCAUCAAAUCAGCCAGUGAAGAUGAUUCUUGUAAAUGCUAAUUCAGCUCUUAAAUCACCUGUGUCGCUCAAACCACAACCAAACAAAAUGACAUUAAUAAAGCCUACUAGCAUUGGCUUUAAUUCAAAGUCCAUGUUAUCUUCCCUUCAGCCAGCAGAGUCUAAAGAUGAACUGGAAGCAGCCUUAAAUCCAAGCUUUAAAAAUGUGUCUUCAUUUGCUGAAACAAGCAAAAUGGCUGUUAGUGGAGUUAAAAGUGAAUUAACCAUGUCACAAAGCAAUGCUGCACCCUGUGUGCAGAUGGGUUUGGCUCAGACAGUAACAUCAAUGCAACAGACACCACCUGGACUACUUGUGAAUAAUCCAAAUAAUAAACAUAACUCGAUAACUUUGGGAUCUGCACAGUCAAACACUGUACCAUUAUUACAGACACCUUUGUCAUCCAGCAGCAAUGUUGUUCAAAUAACGUUUGUCAAUGAGGCAACAGCAAUCAGUCAAGUGGUUGCUGCCUCAUCUUCAUCAACGUUGUCAUCUUUGUCUGGUGGAGGCCACACUACAUCUGCAGCCAGCACACAGUCGUCCUUGACAAGCUCAGCAGAAAAUCUUAUGCUAUCACCACAAACAAUGUCAGGUUCUACUGCAAAGGAUGCAACUUCUGCUAGUCAGCAAGACAGUGAUGAUGAGGAUGAUGAGGAUGAUAGUACUCCUUUAUCCCAGGUGGCAGAAAACUUAAAGAAGGAGGCAGGCUCCGAUGACAUCAAGAAGAAGAAAAAGAAAAAGAAAGAUAAAGGAACUAAAAGAAAGAAGAGAGAAAAGGAUAGACAAGAACUAAACAAGCCUCUUACAGCUUAUGAGCUCUUCUUCAGGGAAACGCAAUCAACCAUACGUUCAAAGAACCCUGCAGUACAGUUUGAAGACAUCAAGAAAAUUGUUGACCAGUUAUGGGAAAAUUUGAAUGAAAAUCAAAAAAAGAGUUUGCAAGAGAAAGCACAGCAGGAUUACCAAAAAUUUCAAGAAGAACACAGAGCUAAAAAGUUAUUACAAGAGGAUGAACCUGGACCAAAAUUGAGGAAAGUUGAUAAAAUGGAUAUUACUGUAGUACCCAGUGGUGCACCUGCUUCACUGGAAAGUAGCAAGGAUUCUACUGCACCUGUAGCUUCUGGCAGUAAACCCUUAGGGCGUGCUCAAAAUCAAGUUCCUAUGGCUGGGAAACCUGUGGCAACUGUACCUCCAAUGGCAGCUAGCAAGACAACUACUAAUACAGUUUCUCAACCAGCAGUUCCAACCAAGCCUAAGAAGAGUAAAGUGACAGUCAACCCAAUAAGCCAGCGUAUCUGUCUGUGUGAUGGUUGUAACAAUCCAGCACGGACAACAAAGGAGCGUGGCACUCAGUACUGUAGCAAUGAGUGUAUUGUCAAACACUGCAGGUAUAAUGAUGAUUGUAGUUACAUUUUACAUGAUGCAACUGUUUUCAAAAAGCUUGACUCCUACAAAAACAAAAAUGCAUGGGUGACAAUGCUGAAAGGAUUUAGGGGUAAGAGUGGUUAAUCAAAUGAUUAUAAUCAGUGUGUUUCAGCAUGACAGAAGGAAACAGCACAAAUGUGUGUAUUCAUUCUUUUUCCUUCUUGCUGAAACGCUCAGUGAUCCUGAACCAAGCAAUGAUGAACUAUCACUAUUAUACCUAUAAUACCGCCAAUGUUGUGUAUGCUAUUUAUGCUUUUCGUGGGACAAAGUUUGUUGAAACAACUGUAUAUGUGAUACACCAAUAUCAAGUCAGUGGCAAACUGUUUUCCAUAGAACUUAUGUAAUACACCAUCUGUUGUCCAACCAUACAGUGUAUGUAUACAUGUACUUUUCUUGUCUUAGUUACUUUACUUGUGUGAUGUAUUUUACUUGCUGUUUGCAAUAUUGGUGUUUUAUUACUUGGUGUACUUAACUUUGGUAUUUGAGUGUGGCAUUAUGUGUGCUUGGAAGUUACUUAGACUAGUAUAAUUUAGUUCGAUUCAGGUGAUAUAGCAGCUGCUCAUUUUCAGUUGUAAUGCUUUGCUUGUUAUAAUGCCAGCCCACAUACAAGAUCUAGAUUUGCUGUAGUCAGACUUUAACAAGUCUUCCCCCAAAUACUAAACAAAAUAAUGGAUUCACUAAUGAAAAUUUGAUUAUUAUUAUCUCUGUAUUGUGAACGUCAAAAAGGAGUGAAAACUUUGAUUUGAUUUUUACAUGUCGAUUGUGUAGCCACCAAUCAGAUGUGAAAGAAAGCAUACAAAUUAACAUUGUCUCCAUCAGUCAAGAAACCACACUUUAAUCAUUUUUCCUUUUGAAAAAUAGCAGUUACCCUGUAGUUUUAUAAUUACUAAUUAAACCUGAUCUAUUUGUGAUGUGUGGCUCAAACCUGCAUGCAUGGACUUGGAGCCUAAGGCUACAAAACCAGACUUCAUCCAUUGCUAUAUUUGGUGAUAAAAAUUAUAAAGAACCCUGAUAAAGAACCUCAAACUAAAAAGAUCAAUUUCUGUGGGUUUAAAGUGAAAAGAUUUGGAUUUUGGUAAGGAGCAAAAUAAAUAAGGAGCAGAAUAUUCUCUUUUUGUAAACAAUAUACAACUCCUACAUGUAAUAAUAUGCGAUACCGACCAUAUGUGAGAUUUUCCCGAAAUUAAAUUCAAAGAUUAAUGUAUUGUGUGCCGGAAUUAUGGUUUACAGUAAAUAAAGUGAUAGGUUAGGUAAAAAGGAAGCUUCCAGAGUACCAGGGGGAAGAAAAAGUAUUCAAGGAUUUGGUAGAAAUGCAGCAGGUAGAGACUGAGUUUGGAAAACGCCUGCCACAAGCACAAUCUAAUUCAUGCACAUUACUCAUUUUCCAAUGACUUCAUAAAAUUUGAAGGCAGGACCAGCACCAUUCAGAUACGCAUAACGCAGUCAUGUAUGAUAAUUUUGCCCAUCUUCAACGCAAUGAAUUCCACCGUGUAUGUGAUUAAUAAGAAAAAUUGUCUCGAACUCCAGUCUUCAAAGAAAGAGCUCAAAAUACAAACAAGGUACAAUCCAGAUUUAAAAUCAUGGACAAUAGUAGUCAAGAUGUUAAUGAGAUAAGAUUAAUAAGGGAUUUUUUUAACAUUUUUUGUUACUUAAAGCACAAUUACAAGAGCGAUACAAACAAUUACACAGUUAAUUACAUUAACGCUUAUGCUACCCACUAACACAGUCACUAAUUACAAAUGUGCAUUACAUUACAUUCACAGUCAGCUAGAUCUAAUUAAGGGUGUGGUUAACAGUAUAAACCCAUAUAAUAAUUUGUACAGAUACUUAUAUAUCUGUAUGUACAACUGCAUAUAUAACUAUUACUACCCGAUACUCAGCUGUUGAGAAAAGAAAAGUUACGACAACAUGUUUUGCCAUUUUUUGUAAUGAAUAGAUUCUUUAUUCUUUUUUGCAAUUGAAAAUU